CACACAGAGAGAGAGAGAGAGAGGGCAGUCAUUGUAGGACAGGCAGCAGGACAAAUUGUUAUCAUGAAGGAUUUGUCUCUGUCAUUGCUGAGUCGAGGUUGUGGACGAUUCAUCUCAUCCAGCACAAACACAGGGAGACAUAAUGAACGGCUGGAUGUCUGCUUCACUCCACAGGAUUACUACAUCUGGAGGUCCCAGGACUGUCUCUUACAACUGUCCAAAAGAGGUCUUCUGCUUGUGGAGGCAGAGUCCACCCUUCCAAAGACUUACAGCACUCGUAGGGGGCCACUUCUCCUGUACUCCCAGGACUUGGUUAAUAUGGAAACCAGUUGUCAGUCAGAGACCACAGGAAGGAAGAAGCGAAUUGUUCGGCAGUACACUCAACAAAUGGAACAGCAGCUGAGCACCUUGAAGGAAUUGACGGCAGCCAUUUUGAGCUACAGCAACAAUCGGUUUACCUCCUACAGACUCGGUCCAUCCUUCAUUCCUCCUCUUCGUCCUGCUCCUGCUCCAGACCUUCAUCGCCCCAGUCCUGCAUCCAUUCACACUACACAAGACCAGCCCAGCCCAGAGCUACUUGUACAGCUGAACCGUCAUUGGCUUUCUGCAGAGAGAAAAACUGAACAGCCGCAGAGUCAGCCUGAAGGCAAUGUGUUGAUACAGACUGAUCUAGGUAAAGACAAAGAGCAGGGAGACAGGAAGAGAUUGAGGCUGGAUCUAUUCCUCCAGAUGCCCCGUACGUCCAGGUCUCCAACUCCACAGACUGAGCCUCAACCCUGGGCACACUACAUAGCAGUGACCCCAGAAGAAGAAGCUCAGGUGUACUCGGACAUGAGUCUGGAGCGUACUGAAAGCUCACAGCAUACUGAAAUAAACCACAAUAGUAUGAGAGGGGAGCUUGACCAUUCAAAAACAACCAGUGCCAACGGUGCACCAGAUGACCAAGGCUGCUCUAUUCAUGACACUGAGACGACCAGUGACAAAGGCACCUAUGAAAGAACAAUGAGUGUGAACAAACAUUUGAGGACAGGCCUCCUUCCUCCUCUGACAGUAGCACAUUCACGCAGCCAUGGACUUUGCUUGGAGAACACAGACAGGCCAAGAUGGGAGGGUCCAAGCAGCGAUGAACACCAAGUGCAGCACCUACCUCCUAUAGCGGAGAGACGUGCUGCUGUUGUUCCCGACAGUACGAUCCAGACUCCGACCCAGAGGGAUUCCCAACCAAAGGCUGAAAGAGUUGGUUUUCAGUCCCAGGAAAAUCUGAAUCGACUCCAUCAGCAGCAGCUGUUUCUUCCUCUGCUGUUUCCUGGGAAGGAGGAAGAGACAAAUGGGAAGCAAAGAGGAGGAGGAGGGGGAGUCAAAACAGAGAGACAAUAUUUUCAAAAAGAAAUAGGUCGGGGAGGGAGAGGAGGGGGAGAAGGAGGAGGAAGAACGUUGUCCUCUCAGAAAGGUUCUAUGAUUCUGCUGGGGCCAGAAGAAGAGCCUCCACCUCCAGCAGGACUGCUGGGUUGUGUUGCAGGAUGUAAGGGCCCAGGUAAGCAGAGCUCUUUGGCUUUUCUACACAAUCGACUUCUGGAUGUCCACGACCCCUGUGAGUCCAGUGAUCCUAACAGAGGUGUGGUCAGGGGCGUUCUGCCCCUGGAGCUAAGAGAUCUACAGAAUGGCAAGUCUGUUGGCUGCCUGAUCCUGGGUCCCGAUGGGGAGAUCAUACAGCUGUCAUUGUGUGAAAACAGCCAGGACCCAUCUCAGGGUGAUGAUGGUGACACAAAGGAGCAAGCUCUCCAGGUUUUGUCUCCAGAAGGAGAGGAGUUACCCUGGGUCAUUGUCCUGCAACCUCAAGAUAACUAUACAGAGGGAGGGGUGGAGCUAAACACAGGAGCUCCUAUGGGUGAUAUCCAGCACCACCAGACUAAACACAAGCUCUUAGACCUUAACAGGCUGACAGAGACAUGCUCACCUAGCCACCUCACACAGCCAGUGGCUGUGACUAAGAAAAGAACAAAGAGUACAGACGCAGUGGUGAAAACAUGGAAGACACCCAAACUGGAUUCUAUAAACAGGAUGUCUCCACUGAGGGAACAGGUUGGGAAGGAAGAGUCAAACACUGAGGCACAGGAUGAAGAGGAAGAGCUGAGCAGUAUAGCAAAGACUCACCAUUUGUCUGGAUCCCAUCAGCCAGGAGUGAAGCUGCAGUUUAAAGAUGAUGUAUCAUGCAGUGAUCAGACCAUCAACUCAAACGAAGCAACAACAGAGGACUCUGUGGACACAACGAGCAGUGCUAAGAGGAAAGAAGCGGAGGAAUCUACAGUAACCCAAGGGAAGAAAAGGGAUAUGAAAACAGUGAUAAGUGCAGAGUCAGAUGAACAGAAGGUAAGGAUGAGGAAGAGAGGAAAAUGGCAGAGACAAAAGACAGGAAAUGAUGUUCAAUCAACCAGGAGCCAGAAAAAAGACGAGAGGGCUAACACAGAAACUGCAGAGACUCAGGACCUUUCUGCUCUCCCUCCUCUGAAAAAGAAGGCGACAGGCAGAAAGGAAGCGAGAGGACACGUGAAGAUGAAUGAGGACAAAGAAGAGCGAGGAGAAGUGACGAGGCAGAGGGAAGAGUCAGCAGGGACGAGGAGAGGAAGACUGAAACAACAAGAGUUAGCUGAUGGAAGCCAUGAAAAAGAAGAGGUUGAGAUUAAUCAAGAAAUGGAAGAGGAGCCUCACCUGAUAUCCUCCAAAGGGCCCUCUGCAACACAGACACACAGUAACAAAACAGAAACAAAUGCAGAAGAAGACACCGGCACAGACCAUCUUUCCACUUACGCCGGCACACACAGCAGCAUCCGAUCGAUGAGCUCGCUCAGGUCCACUGCUUCUGCAUCCCCGGUCAAUCACAGGAGCCUGAGGAGGUCUACCGCCUCUUCCCGUGAAGGGGCGGUACCAGCCAGCACGAUGGGACUCCAAUCAUCACAUGGCCGAAUUUCGUCAUGUUCAACUGUCAUGAUAACGGAGGAACAGCUGAUGCUGAACCCAGUAAAGCCAGAGUCCUCCAAGCCCAGAAAGAAUAAGGAGGAGGAAGAGGCUGCAGCUGUGCAUCUGGCCCAGCGAGCAGAGAGACGAAGGCAGGAGGUGGAGAGGAAGAGGAGGGAACGGGAGGAAGAGGAGAAAAAGCAACGUGAGAGAGAGCAGACAGAAGAGGGGAUGAAGAAUGAGCUGGAAGAAGCAAGGAGGAAGAGAGCUGAGGAGUUCAGGCUGAAGAAGCUGGCGGAGGAGGAGGAGAGAAGGAAACGUGAAGAAGAGGAGCAAGAGCGAGCAAGACGGGAACAGGCACAAAGAGAAAGAGAGAGGAGGAGGCAGGAGGAGAGGAGGCGGCAGAUGGAGCGACUCCAGAGGAUGAGAGAGGAGGAAGAACAAAGGAGGAAAGCUGAACUAGAACGUCUGCGCCUGGAAGAGGAAAGGAGGCAGGAGGAGGAGCACCAGAAACUACAAGAGAUGGAUGAGACUGAGAGGAAAGAGUACCUCCACAGAAAGGAGCAAGAGGAGGAGGACAGGAGGAACCAAGAAGAGGAACGUAGGAGGAGAGAAGAGGAGGCUGCGCUGUGGGCUGCAGAAGAGGCCGGGCUGCUCGCCAGACAGAUGGCGCUGUUACAGAAGCAGUUGGCUUUUAAAAGGGGUCUCAUGUUGGAGGCUGGAGGUCUGGAGAAAACCCAGGGUAUCUCCAGACCGUGGAUCUACUCGUAUUUCACUUUGUUACAGUUACUGGGACUAAAUCCAACUAAGGCUGAGACGGUGACUCCCUGACCUCUAUCCUCCAUUUGAGCUGAAGGACAAGUGGGGAAAGAUUUUUGUUUGAUUUUAGGAGAUCAUAACAUCAAAUGGAACAAAUUAAACAAUGGGAGUUGAGCAUCUCUACUUCCAUACUUCUUCUGUUGCUAGAAUAUAUCAUUUACUUCUGUGUUUUCUUUUUCACUUUGUUUCUAUGAAAGACAAAAAUUUUCAAUCAUUUUCAUCAUUUUUGACUUAGCUUUGUUUAUUGCUUUUUGGAUUUUUGCCUACUCCCUGCUUGAUUUCUUUGCCUUGGUCAGAUUGACCUGAGGCCUGUACCAUGAGGCCAAGAUCUUUUAGUUAUCUGGCUUCACUAACCCCAACAAGCUCAGUCACGCUAAGCAGCCAAGUGGAGGUGGUUACAUGGAUGAGUAAGCCCAGAAUUUACCAAUGUAGCCAUGAAUACAUUUACAUGAAAGGAGAGGUGUUUGCACCAUAUGACCAACCUUAGACAACAUCCUAGAGCUGAUCUCUGUUUAUUCUGACAACCAAUAAAAAAGAAGAACCUCAAUGUAAAUGAUACUGACUUCUCUUCUAGCUCCUAGAUAAAUGAAAUUUAUCUGUAGUAUAUCUAUAUUUAUAUGGUGGUGAACAUUCAGAUACAUUAUUCCACCUUUGCACAAACUAGUUUAACUCUCCAAAACAUGUCAUUGGAGGGAUUUUUGAUGGCAAAGGAGUAGAGGACCCUGGGUGCAGGCAAAGUG